CCCUCAUGUUGAGCCUCCUCCAGUACGCGUGGGGUCUGUAUGAAGUAGACCGCGAAGGGUGGUGGCAAAGCAGAAGCAGGUGUCUGCCUGUGGAAGGUGUUGUUGCUGCUUCUUGUUUUGAAGGCUUUUCAACCAGCUACAAUGUCAACAGACAAUGAUGUUUCCCUCUCCACUUAUGAUGAGACUUCGGGAUCAAAACUUGCUCGAAAAGCUAAAGAGGCACCAUUUGUCCCAAUUGGAAUAGCAGGCUUUGCAGCUAUUGUUGCGUAUGGAUUAUACAAACUGAAGAGCAGAGGGGAUACUAAAAUGUCUGUCCACCUGAUUCACAUGCGUGUGGGAGCCCAAGGUUUUGUAGUAGGAGCAAUGACUGUUGGUAUGUUGUACUCCAUGUAUCGGGAAUACUGGGCAAAACCAAAACCCAAGCCUUAGGAGGAAAGAUGCUGUCUUCAUGCUGAUGUUUUAGAGCUAGAUACCUCACAUUGAGGUUAUUUGUUUAUGUUUAAAAAUAAAUCAUUUAGGGAUAUGUGGUUCUAAAAAGCAGCAUAUGUCAAGACACAACCAAUCAUGAAAUUUUGAAGAUUGGAUUUUUUUCAUGGAAGUUUACUUUCCCAGGUGAUUCAAAGUAUACUGAUUGGUACCCAAGAGUUAAUUAGGGGAGCUAAGUUAGUACAAAAGGAACUGGUCAUUGAAGCUUACUCGGGUGAUAAAUUAUAUUCAUAUUCCUCAAAUCUCAACAAUUAACGACUAAAAAAUUAGAGGGCCAAGACUCAUAGCUCCUGUUACUUUAAGAUGGGGCAUAAUUUGGGAUAUAAUAUGGGAAGCUGCUGUAACACAAUUCAGGAAGCACUUAACUUCCUCAUUGUGUAGAAUGGUGGAAACAUCAGUGUCAAGGGCUGCCUGGCUUUGACUAGGGCCAAAAGAACAUCUGUAAGGAAAACUCAAAAGAAAAUAUUGUAGCAAGAGUUUUAUUCCCUAUCUUCACCAUAGACAACUUGUUUGUAUUUUAAGAUGAGCCUUGAACAGUUGUUAACCAGGCUACUUAACACAGUAGUAUUUAUUAUAAAGUUAGUAAAAGAUUAGAAUAACAGAACCGUUAUCACUUAAUUAUAUUUUUGCUGCUACCAUAUUGAAAUUGUUUUUUAAAUGCCACCUGUUUUAUAUGUAUUUGAAGUGCUUGUUAAGCAGUAAAGAUAGAGAACUUUUAAAAUGUGUGCAGUAUUGUGUUUUCUCUAGAGUCAUGUCCAGCUGAAAAAGAUACUACUAUCCUUUAGAUUUGAUGGUUUAUUACACGGGCAGACUAAUGUAAGCAUUCUCCUUACACAAAUGUUGACAUAUUUAAGUAAUGCUUUGUUACACUUGUGGAAUUCUAAUGUUUAAGAUAAACUUACAUUCCAUGGUAAUAACAUGGUACGGUAAUAACAUUUAUUAAAUAAAAUGAAUACAUCACA